ACACCUUACAGUUGGAUGCAUUACCAGUCUACGCUCAAUUAAAAAAACAAAAAAAACAUGGCCGAUUCCACAGGUGAGACACUUUCCAUUUCAUUUAUCCUGAAAUAACAGUUCUGUGUUGUAUACAUUUUAUAAUUUUUUAGAGUUCCAUGAUAUCUCACAGAACAUUAUGUUCUAUCAAUGCUACUCAAGACCUCAAAUUUGAUCUUAGAUACAGCAAGGGCAACCAGCAUGUCUAAAUGCAACAGACUGCAUGCAUACUGUGAUAUGAAUCCAUCAAUGUAAAAACAAAGUCACAUUUACUAAGUGAAACAAGUUCACCCUACUCAAAUUUUCAAAAUAUUACUGAAAGUGCAUUGCACUUAAAGUUAUGUGAACUCCAACUGAAUGAGUUACAACAGAUUUUCCAAACUGCUUUGCAUCAGAAUGUAGAAGGAAAGUAAAUGUUGAAAGUAUGUGUUAUUUAUGUGUUUUUGGUUGAUAUAGGUGGUAGGGGUGUAACAAUACAUCAUGAUGAUAGGCGGAGUUACACUUCUGUGCUUGGUGGUAGAGGUCUGAACGGCACUAACAAAAAUGAACCAUGGUUUUACUAAAUAAAACCAAAAAACCUUGGUUAAUAUAGUUAAAUCAUGGUAACCACAAAUUAACCAUGGUUUUGCUACACUAACCAUACUUUAACAAUUGUAUUUGUCAUAAAACUGUGGUUAUACAAAUGAUAAUGGUUACUAUACUUUUACUAUAAUAAAACCAUGGUUAAUUUUCGUGAAGCCUGAACCCGGCCUGUACCCAAGAUCAUUUAACUCUGUUACAUUUUAAAACUGAGUAUGAGGGGGCAGUCCUGGCCUAAUGGUUAGCGAGUCUGGUUGCUGGUUUGAUUCCAGGGUUAGGGUUACAUUUCUCACAACAAAUACAGGCUUUUUGCAAUAUGUUGCAUUUUAUGACUGUUUGCAACAAUCUGUAAAAAAAUACAUUUAAACAAACACAGUGUCAUUAAGGUACAGCAACCACCUCAGCAGUCAGCACACUGGAGAAAAAGAGAAAAAUUGUAAAGGUCAUCAGCUAUUCAUUUAAUGCAAUUCAUCUAUAUAAUAUUGUUGAAUAGUACAUGUCCCUAACUAAGCAAGCCAGAGGCGACAGCGGCAAGGAACCCAAACUCCAUCAAGUGACAAAAUGAAGGACAAAACCUUGGGAGAAACCAGGCACAGUCGGGGGGCCAGUUCUCUUCUGGCCAACAAACAAAAGAUAUUUAAUAGGGAACCAAUGGAGUGUUGACAGAACCGGGUUAAUAUGUUCAGACUUUCUGGUAGUAAAAACUCUAGAUGCUGCAUUUUAGACCAGCUGGAGUUUAUAUAUUAGUUGUGCAGGGAAACCACCCAGUAGAGCGUUACAGUAAUCUAGCCUUAAGGUCAUGAACGCAUGAACUAACUGUUCUGUAUUUGUCAUUGAGAGCAUAUGUCAUUGUUUAGAUUGGAAGUGCCGAUCACGAUAAUGAAUAUGCACAAUAUUGUUACCAUAGGCACCUCAAAAUACCAUGAAUAAUUAUUUAUUAAGAAUUAUUUGAAUUUUUUAUAUUAUAUUUUAAAAAAUACUUUACCCAUCAACUGUAUAAAAUCCAUAACACCCAACAUGCAUGAGAAGCACAUGGUGGAACGAGAGAAGGAGACACACUGAAUGAAAGUGCACGUUCACUCUCUGACAGCAGAGGGCGAUGAUGGAACAGCAGAAUGCAGCGGUUACCCCGUAAACAAAGCAACUGUGGUACUACAGUAUUUAAAAUGCUUCAAACACCCAUUCAAUUUUUUUGUAUUCGCAAUGCUGUUCAUCACAGAACCAAAUACUUAAUACUUAAAAACUUAAUAGGCUAUUUAUUUUAUUUUAAUAUGGACUACAACAUGCUCUAUAAUGAUUGAAAAUGUUCUGAUUAUUUGUUAUUGUUCAGUAACACUUGAUGACCUAAGGCUUCAUUUCUUAAAAAGCUUACGCCUUCCCUAUUCAACUUACAGAAUGAACACGGCGCCAGAAGGCUAAGUUAAUGCAUUAACUAAUGUUAAAUAAUGAGACCUUAUGUAGUGUUACCUGUUGUUCUUUAUAAUUCUUUUACACUUUAAUCAGUUUGAAACAUUUUACUUUAUUUUUUGUGUGUACUGCGUCAUUGUAUUUAAAUGUUCAGAGUUCUUGAACCCAUGACAACACUGUUUUUGCAACUUAUUUCAAUAUCGUGAUAAUACCGUAUACUGUGAUAAAAGCUUAAGCAAUUAAUCGCAACAUGACAAUUUGAUACCAUCACAUGCCUAGUUUAGAUAUAUUUAAGAUGGAAGAAUGCAGUUUUACAGAUGCUAGAAAUGUGGCUUUGAAAUGAAAGAUUGGUAUGAGCACACCCAGGUUCCUAACUGACAAUGAAGACUUAACAGAGCAGCCAAGUAUUCUAGGAUAUUAUGUGUGGAAGUUUUUGAGUCACAUGAAUUCCUCUGGAAUUCAAACUCUGAUCUUUUUGCCAAAAAAAAAAGUGUUGCAAAACUAUUGACUAUUAAAUAUAUCCUUCUCAGUACAGGUUAUGAAGGAAGAGAAUGGCGUUGACAGUUGGUGGCACCAUACUCCUGAGAUUGAAAGUUUGUCCAGCUGCACUGAACUUUCUCUAGCUGCUGCUGCUACUUGCAGGGAUGUUGUAGCUUGUUGUCAGUGGAUCCACAUGGAGUCCAGACUUCAUCCAGGACCUUCUUCCAUCUGCAGAGCGAACGGCUCUCCUCUAUCAUCUGUCAUUCUUGUGUCUGGGAGGCUUCCCAAAGCUGGAGCGUAUGAUCAGAGACCAAGCUAUUGAAACACAAAUGCUUUUCGGAUCCUCUGAGGCUGUUCUGCUGAAGUGUGCCGGUACGAGUUCCAAUCUGGUCACCUCGCUGUUCCCAAUACUGAUAAAAGCUGUUGAGAAGAACAAACCCAAACUGGCUGUGGCGUACCUGGAGAAAGCCAGAACAUGGAUCGAGGACAUCAUCAGAGCCGUGGAUGACAUGGUGAAGAGGUAUGAUCAACAAACCAAAAGUGUGGGGAAUUGCACCAGUGAUGUGUAUGAAGAACAGAGCAAGACUGAAGAAAAAAUAAAGGAACACACUGUUGAGAUGAAGGGUCAGGAGGAUUCUUUUGCCAAGCUUGAUCUGGAGCUGAACAAAAAUGUCAAUGAUAUGGAGGACACUGAGAAAAGAAUUGAAAAAAGCACUCAAGAGCUGCUUUAUCUCAUCAUAAAUAGUAGAAGUUACCGUUAUUCUUUUUUAUGGGGCUUGUUCUCAUUUAAUCAACGCUAUAACGAUGAUGCUAUUCUUGCUAAACAAGCCGAACUGAACAGUCUCGUCUCUGAAAAGGACAGUCUGCGCAACCAAGGGUGGAACAUCAAAAUCCAACAGACUGAUUUUCAGCUGAUGUUGGCCAGUACCAAAAUACAACUGGGUGUGAUUCCCAAUCCUGACCACCUGAAGGAAGUCCAAAAGUGUCUUGAUCAAAUCCGACAAAUUCUGGUUGAUCUUAAAAAGUUCUGGGAGAAAGUGGCUGUUACACUGGACACACUGAAAGACAAGACCUUUGUUGGGGAUGUACUGAUUGAAGAGCUGGAAGACAUGAAGGAGGAGUUUCUGAACUCCAUUGAAGACGCAAAACAGUACUGGAAGAGAUUUGGUGAAUGCUGUCAGAGAGCACAGGGCAUCUUCAGUGUUCAGUCUAGGACUGCAUAUAAUUUCCUGGAGGUCAAUCCGUCUUCACUUUCAAAGGAUGAAUGGAAUAAGCAGUAUGAAUCUAUCAUGGCGAAGCUGAGGAAGAUCAAUCCUCAGGGCUCGACCAGAGCCGCCAUCACUGAGUGACAGACAGAGAUCUGAUGCUUCUUUCACACUUUAAACGCUGUUUAUAAGGCAUGUGCAUAUUAAUGCAUACAGCUUAUAUUGGCAUUUCUGUAACGCUUUGUAAUCUUUACAACUGUUCUUGCACAUGUUCAAUUACAGUUCCACAUACAUU